AUGCUCCUCAACGCCAAUACCGCAAUCUCCACAUCCAGAGUCCUCUUGGUGCCAUACUCCAAAUGGCACGUGUCGAAAUAUCAUGAGUGGAUGAAGGAUGAGGAAAUCCAACAAGCGACAGCUUCAGAGCCCCUGACGCUAGAAGAGGAAUAUGCCAUGCAGCAGAGCUGGCGGACUGAUGGCGACAAGCUCACUUUUAUUGUCUGCUUACCACUGCGGAGAGACGACAAUGUCAAUAAUAAUGACAGCAGUCGUGGCGAAGAUGUACAGCAGCAACAAGAUUUGAAUUCUACCACGACUACGACAAUCACAGAGCAAGACGACGCCCCUGAUCGAAUGCUGGGGGACGUCAACCUCUUCCUACGCUUCGACGAGGACGACGACAACAACGACAAGAUCAUCGGCGAGAUCGAGCUCAUGAUCGCCGAAAAGCAGAACCAGCGACGAGGAUUCGGCCGAGCCGCUCUGCUAUCUUUCCUGCGGUACAUCAUCGAUCACGAAUCUGACAUUGUCGAUGAAUUCCUCUCCCAACAAGAAUGCAAAGAAGGAGAAGAACGGACCGCUUCUUCGAAGAAAAAGCUGUCCUGCCUCAGCGUCAAAAUCGGCCAAUCCAACGCCCGGAGUCUGGCGCUGUUCGAGAGCCUCUCGUUCCGGAAAGUCUCCGACGAGCCGAAUUAUUUCGGUGAGUUUGAGCUGCGGAGGAGUCGGGCGGAUCUGGAUCAGCAAGACGUUCGGGAGAUGUUGAGCAGGUUUGGGGUUGAUGCGUAUGUGGAGUUGGGUUAUUAUGAUAGAAAGUAG